GCAAGCACGCAGCCAUGUUGCUAAGUCAAUCAUUUGAAAGCGAGAGUAGACAAAAGAGGGGAUAUUUGAUGGAAAGAGGAUUUCUACAAACCAGUAAUAACUGCUGUUAGGCUCGAUUUAUAAAUCAAGCUAGAGAAGUGCGUCAACCAACGACACUUUAAACGAACGUAACAAACUCAAGGUGACCUGGAUUCAGCUAAUCCUAAAGCACAAACCGGAUUCAGAUGUCGGAAACAAACUGUGAGGCAAGCUCAAAGAACCUGUGUAUAUGAAUACCUCACAUAUAGCACAACAGUCUAAGAUACACGAAUGAACAGAAUUGCUGUUCCGGCAAAGAUCAUAAAAAAGACUUGAAAAGCUUCCUUAAAAGUUGCAAGUUUCAAGUCACAUAUUUUUGAUUUAAUUUAUUCAUAUUAAUGUUAAUUUCUCCAAUUUUUCAGGAGAGUUCUCUUGUAAAUAAUACUAACCCACACACAGGACUCUUAUUUUCAAGGGGCCUGUUGACAGAAUCUCAAUAACAAAGUGCUGUGUAGUUUUAUUUUAGUUUCUACUUGAUUAGUAAGAAACACAAACCAAUUGAGAAUCAACAGUGCUAAAUUCAAGAAAAAAAGCCAAAGAAAAAUGGCAACAGCAAGAACAGCAAACCCAGCGCAGAUGAUGGGCUUAAUCAGACCAGUGAAUGGGCAACUCGGAGGCGGCAAGCCUGCAAGAUUCAGUGGCCAGCAGCCCCAGGAGAGAAGCAGUGCUCCUCAGAGCAAAGGCUCGAUCAAAUUUGGGGACGACUGGAAAAAGUACCUGGAGCUUCCGCCAAAAGACAACAGAAUGAAAACAACGGAUGUUACCUCCACCAAAGGAAAUGAAUUUGAAGACUACUGCCUGAAGAGGGAACUCCUAAUGGGGAUCUUUGAGAUGGGAUGGGAGAAGCCUUCACCUAUACAGGAGGAAAGCAUCCCCAUCGCUUUGUCGGGCCGCGAUAUUUUGGCUCGUGCUAAAAACGGAACGGGCAAAAGUGGAGCCUACCUCAUCCCUCUCCUAGAGAGAAUAGACCUAAAGAAGAAUCACAUUCAAGCCUUAGUCAUAGUGCCCACGCGAGAGUUGGCCCUGCAGAUGAGCCAGAUCAGUAUUCAGCUCAGCAAGCACCUUGGAGGAGUCAAGGUCAUGGCUACCACUGGCGGCACCAAUUUGAGGGAUGACAUCAUGCGGCUUGAUGACACUGUGCAUGUAGUAAUUGCCACACCUGGAAGAAUACUGGACCUGAUCAAAAAGGGUCUGGCUAAAGUUGACAAGAUACAAAUGAUGGUGAUGGAUGAGGCAGAUAAACUCUUAUCUCAAGACUUUGUGGUCAUCAUUGAAGACAUCAUCAGCUUCCUACCGAGGAACAGGCAGAUUUUGCUUUACUCUGCAACAUUCCCUAUCUGUGUGCAGACAUUCAUGAACAAAUACCUGCAAAAGCCAUAUGAGAUUAACCUUAUGGAGGAGCUGACUUUGAAGGGCAUAACUCAGUAUUAUGCAUAUGUGACUGAAAGGCAGAAGGUCCACUGCCUCAAUACGCUUUUUUCCAGGCUUCAGAUCAACCAGUCCAUCAUCUUCUGUAACUCCACUCAGCGGGUGGAGCUUCUCGCCAAGAAGAUCACCCAGCUGGGCUACUCAUGCUUCUACAUCCACGCCAAGAUGAUGCAGGAGUACAGGAACCGCGUAUUCCAUGACUUUCGCAACGGGCUUUGCAGAAACUUAGUGUGCACAGACCUGUUCACGAGAGGAAUUGAUAUCCAGGCGGUAAAUGUGGUCAUCAACUUUGACUUUCCUAAAAGUGCAGAAACCUACUUGCAUCGCAUUGGAAGAUCAGGGCGUUUUGGCCACUUGGGUCUUGCCAUCAACCUGAUCACGUCAGAGGACCGUCACAACCUAAAGAGCAUCGAGGACCAGCUGGUCACCGACAUUAAGCCCAUUCCCAGCAGCAUUGACAAAAGCCUGUACGUGGCAGAAUUUCACUCCGUGGACCCCGACGACAACAACGGACCAGCAAAACCCUGAAAAUCCUGAGUGAAUGAAAAGGUGUCUGGCUUUGCAAACUCAUGGCUCAAGACGACAUGUUAAGUUCUUCUGUUUUGUUUACAACCUGCCUGUUUGCCUAUUUUUGACAUGAUGGAAAAAGAACAGUGUUUCAGUCGACAGGGCAUAUUUUGUUUGAAACUUGUCAUCGUCUUGCUAUUAUAAUUUUUUUUGCACAUCAUUGCAAAUGACUGUGUUGUUCCACAACUGAGAUGGGCAAGACUCUUUCUAAAGUUGAUGUCACUGUCUUCUUGGAAAAGAAUAAAAGUUACUUGAGCUAAA